AUGCAGUCGUCAUCUCUCGCCAAUCCGCUCGCGACGGUCGCGCAGCUGGAGACGUCGGGCUCGCAGCUCGACGGCGUUCCUCCAGACCUGGAGAACUCGAUUCGCUUUGCGGGCGCGCAGCUAACACAGGCCGCGGGGAUAUUAUUGCGACUGCCGCAGGAAGUGAUUGCGCAGGCUUUGGUGGUGUUCAUGAGGUUCUGGGCUGGGGGCGAAGGCGGAAGUCUGGUCGAGCUUGGUGCAGAGCAAGUCUCGGCUGCCUCGCUGUACACCACGACCAAGCUCUCCGCAUGGCCCAAGUCUCCCCGAAGCGUCAUAAACGCAUACGCCUACCUCUCAACGCUGCCCUCGCUCUCCCCACCGCCCGGGCAGCCCAGACCAGAGACCUACUACGUCUCCGAAGGCACCUACCAGACGCGCCGCACCCUGCUCUUCCAAGCCGAACAGCGCAUCCUGCAGACCCUCGGCUUCCACCUCCACGUUUCGCUGCCCUACACCCUGUGCAUAACCUACCUGCAAGCCCUCGACGUCUUUUCGCACCCGCGCGCCGCCGAGCUAGCCAAGCGCGCGGUCGCGUACCUGAAUACUGCGCUGUUGAGUCCUCAGCUGCUGUACUUGACGCACCAGCCGAGCAGCUUAGCGACUGCCGCGAUCUAUCUAGCGGCGAAAGAGACGGGAAUCAAGAUGCCCGACGUGGAGUGGUGGGAGGUGUUUGACACCGACAGGGAGGAGCUGGGGUUCUUGGUGGUCGGCUUAUUGAGCGUGGAGAGUUUUGCUGAACAAGAGAGGGCAAAGUGGCAGGGCAGGAAAAUACCCAUGACGGUGGAAGAGCUAGAUGCUGAGAUGAAGAGGGGGAGUCGUGAUGAUUGA